UGCGUCACGACGUCACUUCUUUAUCAUUUCGGUGGCAAACUUAACGUAGUAUGGCCGUCGUAUGGAAGUAUUCACAGUUUUACUUCCACAAAGAAUACGCGAUAAACAUUUCACAGAGCGCGUUGCGAAAGACAUUUUUAAACAAAUUUUUCACGCGAGUGAGAUAAACAUUGAAAGUUUAGUGUAAACUCAACGUGUAUUAGUAAUUUAAUAACGUUCGACCUAAAUAUUUUCAUUAAUUUUUCGGUUUUGAUUUUAAUAAAUUAUCCAAAAUGUGGUUAGUUAGUCAGCCGAAUUCUGUGAUUUUGGAAGUCAAAGUGGACCCUAACUCUAUUGGACAAGACUGCCUUGAAAAAGUAUGCGAGAAACUGGAAAUCGGCGCCGAGUCUGAUUACUUCGGACUACGCGUAUGCCAUGGCUCAGGUCCUGGAAGAUGGCUGAACUUGCGCAACCCACUAGACCCUCACCGUAUCCCCGGCGGUCGUCUAGAGCUUCGCGUCAAGUUCUGGGUACCACCACAUCUCCUUAUCAAUGAACCGACGCGACAUCAACACUUUUUACACGCGAAACUAGACCUUAUUGAAGGCAGACUAGUAGUCGCUGAUCAAGAAGUCGCACGACGUAUAAUCGCGUAUAUAGCCCAAGCAGAAACUGGCGAUUGCGAUGUAGAUCUGCCUCCCACACAUAUCUAUGAAGAAUGCGACAAGAUUGGACCUCAAGGCGUUAAACCUGAAGAUCAUAUGGAAAAGAUUAUAGAAUACCAUUGUGAGAUAGCGGGCAUGAGGGCAUCCCAAGCGGAGUACAGACUACUGAAAGAGAUAUCGAAACUCGAGUCGUUUGGUGAAGAAUUAUUCUUCUGCAAGCCGGUUACUCAGAGUAACAACGCUCACAACCUCUACAGCCACUUACUGUAUCAUAGACAGCAAGUAGAAGAGCCUAGAGCGAGGGAUGAACAGGAGAUAGACGGGGGAGGGACGGUCGGUUGCUUGACUUCGGGACAGAAUGUGGGGGGUUGCGGGUGUCGGCUGAGUACAUGCGUCGGCGUCGGCCCACACGGCAUUGUCGUGUACCGCCCCGCCUGCAACGGCGACCAGGACAUUGGUGUAGAAAAACAAAGCAUCCCAUAUACGUCAAUCCACCGUGCACAACCAUUACGUCGGCUGUUCCAAAUGACUUACGUCACGGGCGAGGGUCAUGAGGCGACUUUACACGUGAAGAUGGCGACCUCAGGGCAGGCGGCGGCGUUAUACCGUGCUGUUACAGAGAAACACGCCUUCUACUGCUGCGAAACAGUACGCAGUGACGUCACAGAGCAGUUCAUCAGGGAUCUCAAGGGCACAAUAGCGUCUAUAUUCAACGAUUCGUCAACACUGGGCCGUCGUUACGUAUUCGAUAUUAGACGCACGUGUCGCGAGGUACACGACCGCGCUCGCCGCGCCGCGCACACGCACGCAUACGCACAUGAACCACGCACGAGACGUAGAUCCGGCAGUCAAUAUGAGGACGCCCGGCCGCGCUCUCGCAGCAGCAGCAGCGGCAACGCGGGCGAGGCGCUGGCGUGUCGCGUGUGCAUGGACGCCGCCAUUGACACGCUACUGCUGCCUUGCAGACACGUUGUGUGUUGCCAGAACUGCGCACCAAGAUGCGAUCGUUGCCCGCUGUGUCGCUGCGAAAUAGAGAAGUUAAUGCACAUAUUCCUGCCGGUUGAAUAUCAGAAAAGUCCCGGAGUUAUAAUAAAAUGAUAGAUAUAUCUCAAAUCGAAGACUCGACUAUGAAACGGCAAAACGAAUACGAAAUAUCGUUUUUGGAUACAACGCCCCGCCAUUGAGCUCGCGUGACAGCUGUCAAAGUUGACAGUUUGACGUUGAAAUUGUGUCUAUGGUAUUAAGAACGCAUUCAUUUAAGUUAGAACAAUUAAAUGAGUGGGAGAAUUAAAUUGACUCCGUAAGUGACCAGUGAAACUCGUAAAAUGUGUGUGUGAUUGUUUGUCUAGUCAAAAAUGUUGACUUCGUUUUUGCAUUUUUUUACUUUUUGUCCAAUGGAGUGUUGCCAGGGCCAUUCCAAUAUUUAACAACAAAUAUAUUGGUACUUAUCUUAGAGUAAAAAAUCAAUAAAUCUAAGUUAAUUAAAUAAGAAUUUCUUCCUUCGUUUUAGAAGGCGUUAAUUUUUAUAUGAUUUUGUUAACACUAACAAAUGGCUUUUGUGCCACUUAACAAACAUGAUUAUUAAAAAUCUGAAAACCAAAAAUAAAAAAUCUUUGUAAGAUAAAUGAAAUGUGCAUUUUAAUAUUAUUAAAGAUAUUGUAUAUUUUGGAUAACGCUAACUUUUACGUUAGAACUAAUUUUAAUUGUAAGACCCAUGGUCUAUAAGUUCUUUAAGAAAAAAUAAACAUAAUAAACUAUGAA